CAAAUUGUGGGAUGAAGGCUUUGCAUUCGUGCGUCUGGCACACGACCGGUGCAUUGACCGGUGCAUUAAACUGAAAAUCCCUUCUCGGAGAAGAAAAGCUGAUGCGACAGAGUGAGUGCAGGAUCAUACGCGGUACUGUAUGUCAACGCCAGAUAUGACCCCAGCGAAGCUGCAAAGGCGGUGGGAAGACAAGGAAGUUGACUCAACGAAUCAAGUGGCAGAAGGAUGCAAUCAUAGUGGAUGUAAACUAGUCGACAACUUUCUUUGCACCCUUGCUGCAAAUUUCUCAACAUUGCGCAUUUGGCUACGACCUGCAAGGCAGACAGUCCUAGAUAUUUCGUCUGUUUAAAUUAGUUGAUUAAAGCAACAGUAUUGUCUAUUUAGUUGCUGUUUUGAAACCCAUGCAAUUAUUUCAUAAUUCACAUGAUUUCCACAUUUAUCAAUAGGGCUAUUGAGCUCUCAUUUGUACUGCGGCCGGUAGCACUUGCACGCCUUGCCAAAAUAAUGUGAGCAUUUGGAUUGCAUUUCACAAAAAAGGGAAACGUGUCGCUGUAAUGAAGUGAAUAUGAACAUUUCGAAUAGUCUGCAAUGGUAACCGGGGAAUGUGGAACAACCAUGCAUCGAAUUCUGCGGAGGAGAAAAGUGCGCAAACUUCGCUUCGUCUGGGCAUUCAUGGCCAUGGUGGCUCUGUCGCUCUCCGCCUGCAGCGCACUGUUUACGGCGUGGACCUGGAGACAGACGCGGGACCUGUCUCAGUCAUUAAAAACUCUGCAAGACCGAUUGGAGCAGGUGAAUACUCAGCGGAAAGCCAUUGUCCAACUCAUCAUGGAGAAGAGAGAUUUGCUGGUGGGACAAAGGGUGAAGAGAGAUGAGGGAACUGGGAAAGGGAAGAAUGGACAUGGAAAGAAAGUGGCUUCUCAGUUUGAGAUAACCAAAGAGUCUGUUCAGAAAGUGGGAGAGGACGGCUUGAUAAAAGGAUGGACGGACUCCGAGCACUUGAAUAUGAGCAAGGCGGUGAAGUACAACGCAGACAGAGGCAUCUUCACAGUGGAGAAAACGGGAGUCUACUUCCUGUACUGUCAGGUGUUGUUCAAUGAGAACCAGUCUCAGCUGGUGAAGCUGGACGUGGCGGUGGUGAGGGGGAGCCAGCGGCUUCAGAGGUUACAGUGCAUGGAGGGCUAUGGGACUACGCCUGCAGCCGGAUCACACCAGUUCCACUUCCUCAAACCCUGCCAGGUGUCCGGCCUGCUGCGGCUGGAGAAGGGGGUGGAGCUAAAAGCAAUCACAGGCCCCGCUUUCAACCUCCACAUCACGGGAAAGCAUUACUUCGGUCUCUUUAAGGUCAACUGAGCUACCGGAGAGGAUGGACAUUUUAAAAGGAAGGAGGAGAAACCUGUUUUAAAGGAAGUGUUUUGUCUUACUCCGACCUGUAUCAAAGAGACACACCAAUGUGAUAUUUCUGGAAUCGUUUUUAUUGUGAAAUCUGGACCAACGAUCUGAAUCGUUGGAAUAACUAUGAAUCAUGUUACCUACAGACACUCUGUAUGACACCUUUUCAAAGACAGAAACUAUAAGGAAGACUUAAAGUGAAACUAUAUUAUGCACUUCUAGACUCUCCAAGAGUAUCUACCCCUGCUUCUUUGAAGAUUUAAAACUAAUGGAAUAUUCUCUGGAUCAGUUGAUGGAUCUCUUUUGGAGCACAACACAUCCACCUGACUCUUCUUUCACCAUGACUUGGCCUGACGACAGCAGGUGCACCUCUCUGAGGAGCUAAGCUGGUGGACUACUGAAUGAGAAGGAUUUUGGAUAAUGAGCUCUACAACUCUUGUCUCUUUUCCAUUGUAAUCCUAGCUUAGGUUAUUUCAGUAGCUUGGAGAUAAUAUAAGCACCCCCCCCCCCCCUUCAGAACAGCCUCAGUUUGUCAGGGCAUGAACUAUACAAUUUGUCGAAAGUGUUCCACAUGGAUUUUGGCCCAUGUUGACUCCAAUGCUUCCCACAGUUGUGUCAAGUUGGCUGGA